AUGGUUGAUGAUGUCUCUUCAAGUGGUGAUCAAAUUGAAGUGCUUGUCCGUGAAGCAGAAGAUCUUCGGCAAAAAUUGGAUCAGGAAAGGCAAAAAUUGAAUGAUGUGCCAAUCCAAACAGCAGCCGCAAAAUUGGCAAAACUGGAACUUGGUGGAAUGAGAUGUCGACGUGUACUCCGUGGGCAUGCUAGCAAAGUUUUAUGUAUGGAUUGGGCACAGGAUAAAAGACACAUUGUCAGUUCUUCGCAAGAUGGGAAAGUCAUUGUAUGGGAUGGAUUUACAACAAAUAAAGAACAUGCCAUCACUAUGCCUACAACAUGGGUUAUGGCUUGCGCUUUUGCCCCAAGUAUGCAAAUGAUUGCUUGUGGUGGUUUGGACAAUAAAUGUUCUGUAAUCCCUCUCAACUUUGACGAGGAUAUAAUUCAAAAGAAAAGAUCUGUGGCUACUCAUACUUCUUAUAUGAGUUGCUGUACUUUCAUUCGAUCAGAUAAUUUGUUAUUGACUGGCAGUGGUGACUCAACUUGUGCUAUGUGGGACGUUGAAAGUGGUCAAAUGAUUCAAAAUUUCCAUGUUUUUGCCGGUGCUGAUAAACACGCACUCGUAUGGGAUAUCCGUUCAGGACAGUGUGUUCAAAGCUUUGAUGGUCACGAAGAAGAUAUUAAUACUAUUCGAUUUCAUCCAAAUGGAGAUGCUUUCGCUACUGGAUCUGAUGAUGCUUCGUGCCGUCUCUACGACAUUCGUGCAGAUCGUCAAGUUGCUGUUUACCAAAAAGAAUCAAUUUUCUUCCCGGUAAAUGGUGUUGACUUUUCUGUUAGCGGUCGCCUAUUAUUUGCUGGCUAUGGUGAUUAUCGAAUUUCUGUUUGGGAUACACUCAAAUGUGUUCGAGCCCAUGUUUUGUAUGGACAUGAAAAUCGUAUUUCUUGUUUGAGAACAUCUCCGGAUGGGACAGCUAUAUGCACUGCUUCAUGGGAUUCUUUCCUUAAGAUUUGGGCAUAA